AAAAAAAAAAAAAAAAAAAAAAAAGUGUACACAUAGUAUUUUUAAAUUUGAGUGAAUGCAACUCAAAAAAUUUUUAAUAAAACUAAAGGAUCUUUUCAUCCAUUCCAUCCUAGAAAUGAAUGAAGUUAAUCAAGCUGCUAAUACACUUACUCUAAAACUAAAGGAUACCCCUGCUGAUGUUCAAUUAGAUCUAGUUCACGAUGAGGAGCAAACUGUAAUCACUACUUUUAUAAGCGACAAGAGUCAAAUAGAAUUAAAUAAAAACUCGGAUGAUCAAGAAAAGGAUCAAUUGAUUCAAGUCAAUGAUAAUCAUAGAUUAGUGUGUUCUCAACAAUUAGACUGUUAUCAUGCAGAUCAACCAUUAGAAAAGGAUGAUCCAUCUGCUCAGUCUUUCGAAAAGGAAAGUACACUACCUGAAAAUACACAGAGUGAUGAAAUAGUCAUUGAAGAAUUUGGAUCCUCUGCUGAGAUCACUCAAAUGACAGCAGCAAAUGAAGAAAAUAGAUCGGAUAACCAGGAAGUAGAAGAGAUACCGAUCAUAACCUCUAAAAGAUUAGCCUCUAGCAUAGAUCCUUAUGCUGGUUAUAGCUUAGCAAAUAGAAAACGACGAAAGAAGAAUAGAAACAACAAAAAGAAUAAAAAAAUAAUAAUCAAGUUAAGGAAUACAAUGGUGUAGUCGUUUCUUAUGAUGAAGGUACAAUUUGUGAAGAUAUGAAGAAAUAUUAUUUUCAACGAUAUAAUUAUUUUUCUAAAUUCGACCAAGGCAUUUUAAUGGAUAAAGGUAAAGU